UAAUUGUGAAACUGCAGGCCGGAUGUGUGUGUUAGCAUCACUGUAGCUAGCUUGCUAGCUCGCCUUGGCGUUCUGGGAUCCUCUCAUUCACUUCAGGUCCGGACUCCCAGCGGAGGAGCAACUGGAGGAACACCGCUGACUUUUGCCAUUCUCGACCAAAACUCACCAGAAGACAACAUGAAAACAAUCGGAUACACCUCAGGAAACAACGAGCGGGAGGUUUAAGCCGUCAGAUACGAUGCGUAUCGAUUAAUGUAGUCGAACUGAUUGAUCAGACACAGUAACACAUAGAGACACGGUAACACGGUCACAGGUUGCUAGGGGAGUUAAUGCUAACGUAGCUAGCCCCGUUAGCUCGCUGCGGUUGGCUGUGUUUUCUUUGACCCGGGACUUCAACCAGCCGGGCGAAACUUAACGAAAAGCUGCCUGACAUUUAGCAGACAGUCUGCUGUGUGAUUCAGCCAUGAUGUGGUGUUUAUCCAGUUGGCCGGCUGGUAGCAUCGGCUGACCGGAGAGAUCCCGUCCGUCUCUCGACCUGGUGGAUCUAACUCCUCUUCUCCUCCUCCUCUCUGUUUUUACUCUCCUGGUUUUUGUUUUUAAAGGUGGACUUUGCCCUCGGGGUGUUGUAACGCUCCCCUCCAUUAGAUACAUAAGCCUCUAUUCAUUCUGCUGCUGGUGGAGUAUAUUUCUAAACUUUGGCUGGAAGUUUUUUUUUCUUUUUUUCUUGGGAGGUAAAAAGUUUUGGGAAGUUGAGGAGGAUUUUUUCCGAGCCUGUGGAAAAAUGGAUGCGGGUAUAGAGAAGGAAUGCAGCGCCUUGGGAGGGCUCUUCCAGCUCAUCAUGAACGACAUGAAGGCCAGUUAUCCAACAUGGGAGGACUUUGUAACCAAAGGAGCAAAGCUACAGUCACAGCUCAGGACGACCAUCGUGGUGACCGGAGCCUUCCUGGAUGCUUUUCAGAAGGUGGCAGACAUGGCGACCGGGACCAGAGGCGCUACCAAAGAAAUCGGCUCAGCGCUAACCAGGAUGUGUAUGAGACACCGCAGCAUCGAGUCCAAACUCAAACUGUUCACCACCGCUCUCUCAGAAGGCCUCGUCACUCCGCUGGAGUUGAAGAUGGAGGAGUGGAAAAAAGCGGCCAGUCAGCUGGACAAAGACCAUGCUAAAGAGUACAAGAAGGCCAGAGCGGACAUCAAGAAGAAAUCGUCAGACACCAUCAAACUGCAGAAGAAGGUGAAGAAAGGGAAGGGCGAGGCGCGGGGACAGCUGGACAGCGCGCUGCAGGACGUCAACGUGCGUUACGCCGUCCUGGAGGAGACGGAGAAAAGAGCCGUGUGCAGAGCGCUGAUAGAAGAAAGAGCACGCUACUGCAGCUUCGUCAGCAUGCUGAAGCCCGUCCUGGACCACGAGAUCAACAUGCUGGGUGAGGUGACCCACCUGCAGACCAUCCUGGAGGAUUUGACCAACCUGACAGCUGAGCCCAAUAAACUCCCACCAGCCAGCGAGCAGGUGAUUUUGGACCUGAAAGGUUCUGAUUUCAACUACAGCUAUCAGACACCUCCAGCUUCUCCGAGUAACCUGUCCAGGAAGAGCAGCAUCAGCAGUAACUACCAGUCUGGAUCAGUGAGACACGUUCCCUCCUUGGACUCCAUCAGCUGUGCUGUCGAUGGAGUACACAUCCAGGAUGCAGUCGUCUCCACCAAUCAGCUGGCUGCUGGGGGCGGCGGCAGCGGCGGGUCAGAGAACGGCCUGUUGGCCCCCCCACUCAACGCCUACUCCCACCACGGAGAGAGAGCUCGAGCCAUGUCUGCAUCUGGAAAGUCUUGCUCAGCCCGGGAUCAGCUGGCGUUGACGUUGGGUGCGUUGAAUUCGGACGCCCCGAGGAGCAGCAGGGACUCUCUGCACUGUUCCAGCGGCUACAGCACCCAGACCACCACCCCGUCCUGCUCCGAGGACACCAUCCACACACACACUGUAAAGAGAGAUCCUCCCCUCUAUGUCGACUAUGAAUCCAUCUCUCUCCAUGGAGACGCUGACUCCAUCUCCCUGCACCACCUCUCCCACGGCAACAGCCAGUCAGACUUCGACAAGUCCUCGACCAUCCCGAGGAACUCCGACCUCAGUUUCCAGUACAGGAAGUUUGCACAGUCCAAGCGCCCCGUCUCCACCGUCAGCCUAUUGGCCGAGCCAGAAUUGAUGGGCAGGCACGCCCGCCCGCUGCCGUCUCACACGGCAACCAUCAGGCGCAAACCGUCGUCCAAGCCGGCGUUUCGCAGGGGCACGAUCAGCGGGGGGGUUCCCAUCCCCAUCAGCACCCCGCAGGUUCCCCUCAAAGCCCUCGCAGGGAAUGGCGGGAGCGAUGAGAAUGUUUUCGCAGUGCCCUCUGCUGUAGGAGCCGGAGGUUUAGGUUACAGUAAACUCUGCACCUCCACGCAGAGCCUCAGUGCCUUACCUCCCUCCUCCUCCUCCUCUCCGUACUACCAGCUGAUCCCAGGUCAGAUGCCCAUCCCGGUGCCUAUACCCACUGUACCCUCCCUGCCACCAGUGGGCAGCUACGCCAAACAGCAACAACAGAGACAGUACCAGCAACAACUACAGCAACAGCAGCAAAUCAACCAACUAAAUCAUCAUCAGCAACGCAAUCAACUACAGCAGCACAACCAGCAACUCCAGAUUCAGCAACAGUUUCAAUAUCAGCAGUCGCUGCUUCAGCAUACCCAGCAGCUGCAGCAGCAUCAACCAGACCAGUAUCACAUCGACCAGCUGAGCCAGCAGCAGAAACAGAAGAUGUACCAGCAUCAGCACCAGGACCAGCUCCAAGCCUCCGCUGCCCAGGUAGAGCCCUCCAGGCCGGACCACAGCGCCCACUACCAGCCCCAGGCUCCUCCGCCCUCCAGCCAGGACCACAACCCGGAGCCGCUGACCGAGGAGGGAGGAAGUGACAUGCUGAACCAGAUCAGGGCAGUAAAGCUCAAAAGGACCCUCACCGACGAUCGCUCCGCCCCUCUCCUGCCCCCCCCUCCACCCAAUCACAAAUGAGGCUUUUGCGUCCCUCAACGGCGCCGGAGUGCAUCGGCACAGACCGCACAAAUCAAACACACAGACUUCCUGUUAAACGCAGAUUGUGGACUGAUUAAUCGCUGGAACUCGACGUGUGUCUUAUUUUUAUUUUCUAAAGAUCUGCUUCCUGUUUAGAUUUCUGUUUGUCUUAAAGGUGCAGUGUGUAGCGGUGAGGUUGCAGAUUACAACCAACGGAAGCUUCUUCUGCGUG